AUGAAAAAUUGGGAAGCAAUUACUGAUUUUUUGUCCAAAGCAGUGGCAGUUGUCAGCAAAAUUCGAUCAUGUGGCGAGAAGGUUACUGAUCAAACGAUUUUGGAAAAGAUACUGCAAAGCAUGACUAUAAAAUUCAAUUAUGUAGUCGCUUUUAUAGAAGAGUCUAAGGAUCUAACAGUUUUUUCAUUUGAUCAGCUCACAAGAUCUCUUCAAGCCCAUGAGGUGAAGGAAGCAACAACCAAAUAUGGUGAGAACAAUGGUCCAGUGAGCAGAAAUCGACGAAGAAGAGGAUUUUGUAGUGGUCUUUGUCAUGGCUAUGGAAGAGACAGAGGAAGGAAUGAGCAAAGUAACAGAAAGAAUGACAUUCAAUGUAAUCAUUGUCAGCACUACGGGCAUAUAAAGGCAAGUUGCUGGUAUAAAGACCAGAAAAUAAACUUUGCAGCAACAGAAAAUGAGAAACAGAAUUAUCUCUUUAUGGCUUGCAUUGAUACACAUCACAAGUCAGGCUAUGUAUGGUUUGUAUAUAGUGGAUGUUCAAAUCAUACUAGUGGAACCAAAUCUUUGUUCCAGGAGCUAGAUGAGAAGAAAAAGAAAAAGGUGCAGCUUGGCAACACAAAAGAGAUGCAAGUUAAAGGAAAAUGCAUUUUUGAUGAUGAUGCUUGUGUCAUUCGAAACAAGAAAUCAGGUAAAACGGUUUUCAUCACUAUGACACAAAACAAGAUGUUUCCGAUGGAUAUUUCUAACAUGGAAUGUUUUGCACUUGCUUCAAGUGGAAAGGAUGAGUCGAAGUUGUGGUAUUUGAGAAAGCAUAUCAGAAACAUUCAAGAACUUCAAAACCCAGGUUGUGAAGCAAAGUGCAUAAAAAAAAUUUGCACAGAUAGAGGCGCUAAAUUCUCGUCAAAGGAGUUUAAUCUCUUUCGUGAGGAAAAUUACCUUCAAAGGGAACUUACAACACCUUAUACUCCUGAGCAAAAUGGUGUUGCUGAGCGAAAAAAUCGCAUUGUUGUGGAUACAGCAUGA